GGGCCCCCUGCGGGCGGGUCUCCUGACCAUGGGAUUGGGCUCCGAGGGGGCGGAGGGACUAGCGCCGCAGAUGGCACAGGGCGGUUUGCUUCCUGCCCGUUUCUCGCCCCGAGGCUGCCGGGGUGGCCGUGGGUGCCGGGCUGGCGCCCCGCAGCCGCCCGGGUGCCGCAGGCCGCCUCAGCAGCCCGUGCGGGGUCUGCAGAGAAGGGGCGGGAGUCCCACGGCCCCCGCGGGCCUGCCGGGGGGUGGCCACCUGCCCGCGGCUGGCUGCCUGCCUGGAGGGGGGGGCUCGCCUGCUCCCCGAGAGCGGCACCCGGCUCGUCCCCGCCCAUCCAGGCCCUCAGCCCAGCCUCCGCCCUUCCUGUCCGCUGGAGUAAGAGCGUCCAUAGCCCAAUGCAAAGUUCAGUCGAACAUUUUGCAGAUUUACAAGGAAAACAUCAAGAUGUGUUGAAGGCGUUUAGGAGCAGUCGGUGCCGGCUGCGUUUCUACCCGCGCGGGUGCGGCUGAAGCAGCAGAGGUAGAAGCUGUUCGUGCCAGGGUGAAUCUCCCAACGCUUGCGCUGCGCCACCCGCUCGGGGUAUCUGCUGGCUUGGAAGUCUCGCUGCCAGGUGUUUUCAUAGUGUGAUCCAAUUCUUCAUCUUUGAUGGCUGCUGUUUGCCUAUGCUUUCGUGAAAGCAGCCUACUAAAGCGAAUAUACCUGUUCGACUGUCAAGGUGUGGAUCAUGGGAGAACAACUGUUAAACAACAGCAUCCUUGAUCAAUUUAUUAAUAGUCAUGAGCAGUCAUAUGAAGAGUUUCUAAACACAUUCACUUAUCUUUCGAAAGAGGAAGAGGGGAAGACAAUUCAAGGAAGUAAAGUGGACUCCCUAAGAAAAACAUUUUCUACUUCUGAAUUAUCAAACAGAAAUAAACAGGAUGGCUCACCUGGAAGAAGCAAAGAAAUGUGUGUGUCUCUUCCACCACAGAUGUCAAAUGAUAAUGAGACAGGGAUGAAUGAGAGCUGGAAACCUGGUGUCUCUGAUAGAAAUGGUCUCAGUCUCUCUGAAAGAGUGAAAGUGGACAAGUACUUAGAUUUGGAAGAUGUAGACACAGAUGAAGAGACAUGCUGUGGAUCAUUCGUUCUUCCAGGAGAAGUGGAACAGACAGUGACUUACUGUGCGCCCUUUUUUGAUAAGCCUAUUCAACUGAAGUUAAAAACUUUGCCAGUUCCACAGCCAUCAGACAACAAAGCCCAACAGCUACUAGGGGAUGAUGUUCAACCAUUCUCACUUGAUGAAGAAUUUGAUUAUGACAAUGUGGCACUGACCCCUAAGUUCUCUGAAGCUGAGCUGAAGGCCAUUAUGGAAUUGUCUGAAGAGAAGAAAACGGAGACAGAUGUUGAGUCAGCAUGAGCUGAAGACUGAGUCAAAGGCGUUCUGUGCAGUGCUGUUGAAAUAACAUUUUUAUUGGGUAAAUCUAGCUCUUCAUUGUACCCUUAUUUAGUGUUCUUAUCUAUGUGGACAGUAAAUGACAUCCUCGAAAUUUUUUGUUUCUUCUACCAAGGUGCCUUGGAGCCGGAGGUUGCCUUUCGCUGUACCUCCUCCUAGUUCUAAGGAAAACACAGAAUAGGAAGAUGGUUCUUGCACAGAGUUGCUUGUAUAUUAGCUCUUCAGCCAGAGAGGAGGUAUUUCCAUCCUUUUUAUAUGUCUGUACACUGAUUUGCUUAGGCAUUAGGGUUGGCUAAGGAUGUCUGUAUUUGUCCCUAAACACUACGGAAUUUUUGUAUAGACCAGCGACCUUUAAUAUUUAUAGGCCCCAGUGUUCAGCUACUUUGUUGUUCUCCAGGUGGUACAAGGCAGUUGGAAGGACAUCUCAAAUGACAGCCAUGAAUUCCCUUUUGUAGAAAAAUCCUUGAGCAGGGUGAAUCCUGUAUUGGCUCAGGCCAGGUAUGCUGGAGUAAUUGCUCCAUAGGACCAAAACAGGCUGCUGUAGUUCAGAAUAGCACUAUGGCUACUCUGGCUUAUAUUUGGUACCGACUCAGAUCCUGAUUAGCACAAAGCUAGACCUAAAGCUGCCUUUUACCUGGUUCUUUCAGUAAAGCAAGUAAGACCUUUUGCAUCUGACAAAUCAGUCUGUAGACUCUUUCCCUGUUAUUAGAUGACUUAAACAUACAGAGUUAUAUGAGGGAAUAAAUCUGGGAAUGUUGGCUUAUUUUCUCUGUCUUUUGGGUUACUUCAGUUCUGCAGAGAAAUAAAUAUUUCUGUUUCCAAUAAACUUUUUGAGUUAAUCAAAAUUGAUGUGGUACAACUCCUGACAAUUAAAACAUGAACUGCUACGAAAAGCAUUUCACACAGACGAAAAAAUAGUGAUCUCAUCCAAUAAAGGAAUCGGCAUUGAAAGGCUGGCAGAUUCAAGGCUUUGAAGUGUUUAGAAUUCUUUUUUUUUUUCAGAUUACAGUAGAAGCUUUGCUGUUGAGGCUUGGUUUAACAUCACAACACUGUAUUGUAGUAUUGGUCUUUUUCUGGUAUAACGGCAUGAGCUAAAGUUACCAACUUUUUGUCCAACAUUUUGUCCUUGGCCUUAUCUCCAUUAUUUCUGAAGUGGGUGACUGACAUGAUGAAUAUGGGAAGAGUGCCUGAGCAGGCAGACUAGAGACCGAACCACAAGUUGUUUAAAGGCUCUGGAUGAAAUCCCUGUGGCUGGUUGGCUGCUCCAUUGUCAGCAAUUUAUAAAAGCAAAGAAAGGUGCUUUGAUGCUUCAAACGAAAUUUUCUGGAUCAGUAACUUUGUAGACCAUAAUCAUACACCACUGAAAUCUGAAUGGCAUUUGUUUUGAGGAACGGCAUUUGCCUUGAUUAGGGGGAUAUUAUUUAAGAGUGAGAUUAACAAAAAACAGAAAAGAAAGUGGUCUCAGACAAGAUGUUUAAGGAGAGUGAUACAAAACUACAAGUAUUUUGUAUAGCAAAACUGGUCUGUAUAGGACCUUGCUGGUAGAAGGUAAUGAGAAAUUUGUUAUUAACGUCUACACUCAAAAGGAUACCUGUGCUGUAGUUAAAACAGUUUUGAUGCAAUUGGCUGUAUAACAGAUUCUGCUGUUGUUUGGGAUUUUUUUUUUUUUAACGUGAAUUCAUUUGAGAAUAAUGGAGUGUUUUGUUGAACCCAAGAUAUUUUUAAUUAUGUGCUUCAGAUAUAACUGGAGUUUUCCAGAGAAACGUUCAGCUAAGGAUUCCUGAGCAGAUCUAUUUAUUAAUUCAUCUUCUUCUUCUGGAAGACUGGAACACACAGAUAAUGUGUAUAAAUGUGAGGGAUAAGAAGUAAGUUCUGGAAGAGCUCCACGAGAAAAUCUGGGAGGAAGAAAUUGAGACUUGCUGUGCUGUACAAAGAUAGCAAGGUCAACCUUUAAAAGCCUCAACAGAAAAAUAAGGGGAGACAACCUCAUUCACAUAUGUAUGUAUAGAAAAGAUAAAGUAAGGAACCUUCAGUUCAAGAGACCUCUGUGUACAGAGUAUCCUAACCUGCAGACAAAGAAACAAUAUAAAUAAAGGUGGACUUCAGUGGGUUUGUGGAAUGAUGAAUUCGGCACUUUUUUUGAGUGUUUUUUUAGAAAGGUUUGAGACGCAAAUACUCUAGAUCGGUCGUGUUGGAAUCCUAUUGCCAGCAGAGUCAAUGAGAAAACUUGUCCAGGGGUUCAUAAUGAUCUUCAGGCCAAAUCAGCUCUGGAGUCUCCAAGUGCAUUUUCUUUUCCUUUCAUUAUCAAUUUUUCCCUGUACAUUAGGGAUACAUACAGCCAUUCAGUUUCUUCUCUCACAGGCAGAUGAUUCUCUUACCAAAUGUUCAGAGUACCUGUUAUGCUCCAUAAGUGUCAUUCAGUAUAGUCAUUAUAUGGUUCCGUUUGAUAUAAAGAGACACUUUGCUGCAGAAUACCCAACAAAAUUGUAACUCUUCAGUGGCAUCCAUCUUAUGCAGAAAAAUGGGGAUAAUUCACUUACAUUUACACCACUCAUGAGUUAGAUUUUUGCUCUCUGUUAACAGAGAUGAGUAUCACAGCGGAGAUUAGGCAAUGUGGGCUACAUUUUCUGAACAUGACAUUUUAUUGGCCUGCCCCUGUGGUUGGUUUUGGCUUGUACCUUUUACUUGAUUAUACUUCAAAGAGGAGGCAUAUUUUUCUUUUCUCCAUUACCAGGUUGUCAUUUUUAAGAACAUACUUUAUGUG